AUGCUCUUCCCAAAAUCAUUACUUAAUCAAUUGGUUUACAUAAUUGAUACAAAAAGAUUUAGAGAUAUUAGAUAUGUUUGGGCCAGCCGAAAAUCAAUUACAGCAGAAUCAACAAAUGAGACCAUAAUCAUACAGGUGGAUUGCAGGGAUGCUGGGGAAGAUGACAGCUAUGAUUCCGGCCAUAGGGGAAGCACUACUUCAUAUCAGGUAUUUAUAAUGCGAUUUUGCACAAUGAAGGAGUUGAAUUGGUGGAUGACACAAAGCCAGGCGAAAAACGGAUUGAUGAUAACUACACGAACAAACAGUGUAAUGAAGGAACCAGCUGUCAUGAUUCAUGUCGAUGCAUUGGAUUCAGGUUGGGGAGUCACAUCUUCAAUGGUAGAAACAGCAGGAUACUGGACAGAUGAAGAAAAAGAAAUGUCGAUCAACGUGAGAGAAUUGAAGAUGAUCCUCUUUGCACUCCAACUUCACGCCCAAAAAUACAAAAAUUGCAUCAUCCAAAUCUUUUCGGACAACACAACAGCUUUGAAGUAUGCCAAGAAAUAUGUUGCAAGGGUUGUGGGGACCAAUGACGAUAGACACAUUUGCCUCCCGAGCAAAUACACGACUAAAAGAUUUUUGGAGUUACCUGCUGGAUCCCGACGCUCUAGUGACCAAUGUAUUUCAACAACGUUGGCCGAAAACAGGACUUUACUUACACCCCCCAUGGCAGUUGAUCCCACGAGUGAUACAGAAAUUGAAAGAAGAUCGAGUGAAGACAUCAGUGAUGAUAACACCAGAUUGGUCAAGCCAGUACUGGUGGCCGAUGAUUCUACAACAAAUUGUGUCAACAUCAAUACCAAUACCACUGCACAAUUCGUGGAAUUUGACCGCAUGGCAAUUAUCAGGGAAUAUCAAGUCAGACAGGAGAUUAAUGAAAAAGUAGCAACCUACAUUCGAGGCGCUAACCGUUCAUCAACACACAAGAGUUAUGAUAACCUUUGGAUGAAAUGGGUCCGAUGA